AUGCCUCCUCGUAUGUUGCACAACCGAGUGUAUGCUGCGGACUACCAACGACCCGCUAGGCAGGAUAGUGCUCAAAGAGCUGCCGAGUCCCGCAUCAUGCAAGUCAUGUUUCAGCCAAGCAUCGUGGAGGCUGUCUUCCCCCUACUUGCGGCCUUCUGUUUAACGCUCUACCUCUUCCUUCAUACUGGCCGUUUCCAAACCGGCGCUCGUCUGCCCCUUCCCCCAGGCCCUAAGCCCCUGCCAGUUGUAGGCAACAUCCUCUCUUUGCCACCUAAUGGGGUACCCGAGUAUAAGCACUGGCUUGGAUUCAAGGAUCGAUACGGUCCCAUCAGUUCCAUCACAGUACUGGGCCAAACAACAAUCAUCCUUCAUGGAAAGCAAGAAGUCCAAGAUCUUUUGGAGAACAUGUCUACGAAAACCUCGGACAGGCCGCUAUCUACCUUUGUCCGCAUGACCGGAUGCGACAGAUACAUAACUUUUAUGUCGUAUAAUGCAACAUGGCGUCGGCAUCGUAAGAUAAUGCAUCAAUUCCUCGGGACAGAAAAACUGUCAAGACGGUUUGAUGGUGUCCUCGACUUGGAAUCGCGUCGACUGCUGCUACGAGUACUGGCCACGCCACAGAACCUUAUUCAACACUUCAAAACGCAAGCAUCUGCAGCUGUUUUGCGCUUGACGUACGGCUACGCCAUCGAGCCCUCCGGUCUAGAUCCCUUGGUCUCGAUAAUCGAAGAAAUGAUGGAUAGCUUGUCAAAGACUUUCGUACCCCUCUCGUGGACGGUCAACAUAAUUCCGGCACUGAGGUUUCUGCCCAGCUUCCUACCCGGCAUGUCAUUCAAGCAUACGGCUCGGCGAUGGUAUGCGAUUAACGAUUUGGUUACACGCAUACCAUAUCUAUUCGUCGCGCAACAAAUGGUCAAGAACACCCACCGACCGUCUUUUGUCUCGUCGUUCCUUCAAGACAACAUGAAACCAAACGGACAAGCAGUCAUUGAUGACGACACUGAGCGUGCUAUUAUGCCAGUAGCUGGAAUCAUGUACGGAGGGGCCUCGGACACCACCGUAUCAGUGCUGAGUGCCUUUGUCCUGGCCAUGGUUCUGUUUCCAGACGUCCAGGACAAGGCACAGAGGGAGAUCGAUGGCGCCCUCGGAGGCCGACUUCCUCAGUUGGAGGACAGAGAAAACCUGCCCUAUGUCGCGGCAGUCGUCAAGGAGGCGAUGCGAUGGUUUCCGAUUACGCCGGUCAAUGUGCCCCACGCGGCCACUGCGGAGAUUCAUUAUAAAGGAUAUCGGAUUCCCAAAGGAUCGUGCCUCAUCGCCUCUAGCUGGUGGCUGCUUCACGAUCCCGCGACAUACGACGACCCAGACUCGUUUAGCCCCGAGCGGUUUCUGGUGCGGAACGAACCUGAUCCGGCCGCCGUGGUAUUUGGUUUCGGCCGCAGGGUCUGCCCCGGUCGACAGACCAAGCAAUGUAAAAUCAGUGGCAUUUCAAAGGAAGAGACGCACAAGGUCUACGGUGACCCUUGGACCAUUAGCUACGAUAAGCGGUUUGUGAGCAACGUACGCCUCCAGCAGGCUCUCAUGUACUUCAGGCCGCACAUAGAAGAUUGGCAGUACCAGUAUCCCAUGGACUUUUGCCCCAUCUACGACAGCGAGAAGCGUAGAAUUAUCCACAUCAACGUCCCAGAGACGCGGCGCUCGUUGAGGAGGGAGCCUAUUACAAACUACUACCCAGCUGACAUUGAUGUUAAAGGGGGCUACCGCAAGGACCUAAAAGCCCUUGUAAUCGUCCAACCAGAAGACCCUUCAUUCAAGCUAGAUAGCCGAGAAAUAGAGUGGCAGGAUUGGAAGUUUCAAAUCGGGUUCAACUACAGAGAGGGGUUUGUCCUCAGCGACAUCCGCUAUCACAACAGCGGCACAAUGGAAAUCCAGACCGACCGCAUCAGAGAAAGCAUGCCUUCGAUCUUGGUGAAUAUAGUGCUAGGUACAUAA